AUGGGGGACAUGAACGACCAUGGGAGCUUGGUGACGGCGAUCAAAGAGCAUGGGGAGGUGGUGCUCAUCGACUUCGGGGAGAACGAACCUUUGACGGCCGGGGUGAACAUAUUCGGUGACGACAAAGCACAAGCGGUCUUUGUGGACGAGAAGGAUAUGAGCAUGCUGGCUAUAAGAGCCGUGGAGGACCCACGAACACUCGACAAGGUCCUGUACGUACGCCCUCCCACGAACAUGCGCUCCUUCAGCCAACUCAUCCAUAUUUUGGAGAAGAAAACCGGCAGAACCCUCGAGAGGCACUACGUGUCUGAACACGAGUUCGCCAAGAAUAUCCAAGAGGCUCCGUUCCCGCUCAACUUUCAGCUGGCGAUGGUGCACUCGACGGUGGUGCAUGCCGGAGCGUGCGAAGACGCCAUAGACGCGGCCGUCGGGGUGGAGGCCACGCUGCUGUACCCUGACGUGGAGUUCAUCACGGUGGAGGAGUACCUUGAUGGUCUUCUUCCCUAA